AUGAAACGAACGCUGGAACGCAUCGGCAUUAAGGAUGGAACGCAAGCGAACCCGGAAGUGCUCGCGGUGGAACGCAUAAAUGCGGAAGUAGAAGAAUAUGACGACGGCACUAUAGCGGAUCGGAUUGGGAGACACGAGAAAUGGAACUGA